AAAAAGGUACCAAAACAAUGUAUCUGCUAUGCAACCCUACGCCCUUUAUCUCCCUCAGACUGGCUCAGGAGCAGGCAGAGAAGAAGAAGGAGCAGGGUUCUGUCACCUCCAACUCAGUCACCACGACGACCGGCGGUGGCAGUGACUUGGAGACAAAGCAGAGGCGCAAAUCCUACUUGACCCCGGUUCGUGAUGAGGAGGCGGAGGCUCAGAGGAAGGCUCGCUCCAGACAUGCCAGACAGUCACGACGAUCCACUCAGGGCGUGACGCUCACAGACCUGCAGGAAGCUGACAAGACAAUGAAGACGGCCCAGACGGACGAAGGGAGAGAGAAGACGAGGAAAGAGGAGGAGGAGGAGGCGGCUAAUAAGAAGAGAGCAGAAGAGGGGGAGGUAAGCUGGAGGUCCCGUAUCGCCAACCUGCAGAAGUCUGACCUGUUGGGGCUGACUCAACCGGCUGGUACCUCUCGCCCCCCAACCUCCAGCCAGGAGACUAGUGUAGGGGAAAGUGAGAGUGACCGUAUCGCCAGGGAGAGACGGAGGACCAGGAGGAGAGCUCAGAGGGCUGGAGAGGUGAGUGCAUUGUAAUCUGUCAUAGCCAUGCUUUAUAACCAGGGGUUGGAACU